CGCUGUGGGCUGAGCAGCGGCGGCGGAGGGGUGGCUCUCCGGAUAGCGGGUCUCCUAGUUCCUCAGCCGCGCCUGCGGUGAGCGGCCAUGGCGGCGGCUGCCGAGCUGCAAGGGAAGUACCAGAAGCUGGCUCAGGAGUAUUCCAAGCUUCGAGCUCAGAACCAUGUACUGAAAAAGGGUGUGGUGGAUGAGCAAGCAAAUUCAGCAUCACUGAAGGAACAACUGAAAAUGAAGGACCAGUCGCUCAGAAAGCUGCAGCAGGAAAUGGAAAGUCUGAGCUUUCGAAACCAACAGCUGGCAAAGAGGGUAGAGCUGCUUCAGGAUGAACUUGUCCUAAGUGAAUCUAAAGGCAAGAAGAACAAGAAGACCGGCGAACCGGCAUCCCAGUUAAGCCAAGAACAGAAAAACGUAUUUGAUGAAGAUCUUCAGAAGAAAAUAGAAGAGAACGAGCGACUGCAUAUUCAGUUCUUUGAGGCCAAUGAGAAACACAAUCUUUUGGAAACUGAGCUGAGGAGCAAGCUGGAGGUCUUGGAGAUGGAGGCAGCGCAGCACCAAGCCGUGGUGGAUGGCCUCACUCGGAAGUACAUGGAUACAAUAGAGAAACUGCAAAGCGAUAAGGCCAAGUUAGAAAUCAAAUCACAAACACUAGAGAGAGAGGCCAAGGACUGCAGGGUUCGAACAGAAGAAUGCCAGCAGCAGCUAAAGCACCUUCAUGCGGACUUGAGCAGCAGAUUGGGGGAGUCCUUGAACAUCAUCAGCGAAAAAGUUCCUUUCAAUGAUACCAGGUCUAGCCAGUAUAAUGCUUUGAAUGUGCCAUUACACAGUAGAAGGCGACAGUUGAAGCUGCGUGACCUUGCUGGCCAAGCGCUGGCCUUUGUUCAAGACCUGGUGACGGCCCUUCUGAAUUUCCAUACCUACACAGAACAGCGAGUCCAGAUUUUCCCUGUUGAUUCUGCCACAGAUACAAUAUCGCCAUUAAAUCAGAAGUUUUCGCAGUACCUUCAUGAAAAUGCAUCCUACAUUCGCCCCCUGGAAGAAGGAAUGCUGCACUUGUUUGAGAGCAUCACUGAGGACACUGUCACAGUCCUGGAGACAACUGUGAAAUUGAAAUCCUUUUCUGAUUACUUAGCAUCUUAUGUCUGCUUUCUCAGGAAGAUUCUUCCUUAUCAGUUGAAAAGUUUGGAAGAAGAGUGUGAAUCUUCUCUUUGCACAGCUGCGUUAAGAGCCAGGAACAUGGAGCUGCAGAGAGACAUGAAGAAGCUGACUGCAGUCUUUGAGAAGUUGCACACGUACAUUAAUCUUCUUGCCUUACCUAGCACAAAUCCAGACCGUCUGCUUCGUACAAACUUCAGCUCUCUGCUCACAUACAUUGCUUCAACCCUUAAUGGAUUUCACGAUGUCAUGAAAGAUAUUUAUAAGCAUUAUAGUCAAAAAGCUGCUUUGGAACAAGACCUCCCCACAGCCACGCAGAAGCUCAUCACCACCAACGACUGCAUCUUAUCAUCUGUGGUGGCAUUAACAAAUGGAGCCGGCAAGGUUGCUUCAUUCUUCAGCAAUAACUUAGACUGCUUCACUGCAUCGCUGAGCUAUGGGCCUAAGGGAGGAAUGGAGUUUAUCAACCCCCUCUCGGCGGAGUGCAUGCUUCAGUACAAGAAGAAAGCAGCUGCUUACAUGAGAUUGCUGAAGAAGCCGUGUUGCGAUUCAGUGCCUUAUGAAGAGGCCUUGGCCAACCGCAGAGUUCUUCUGAGUUCCACGGAGAGCAGAGAAGGCCUUGCACAGCAGGUCCAGCAGAGCUUAGAGAAGAUUACGAAACUGGAGCAGGAGAAAGAACACUGGAUGCUGGAGGCCCAGCUGGCCAAAAUUAGGUUGGAGAAAGAAAACAAAAGAGUAAGCGAUAAGCUCAGAAACUCUGUGGGCAACCAGAGGAUUGAGGCAACCCAGGAAAGCCUCUUCACACUGAAUGCAGAUGAACAGGAGAAGGAGGAUGCUGCAGAGAAGGCUUUGAGAGAACCAGUUCAAACUGCAAGUCUCGUCGGAAUGUUGAUAACCACUGAAAAUGAAGAGGCUCCAGAAGCCGACACCCGGGAAGACUUGAUAAAGAACCAUUACAUGGCAAGAAUAGUGGAGCUUACAUCUCAGUUGCAGCUGGCCGACAGCAAGUCUGUACAUUUCCACGCAGAGUGCCGGGCACUUGCAAAGCGACUCGCUCUGACUGAGAAAUCUAAAGAAUCCUCACUGGAAGAGGUGAGACAAGCUAGACAGAGCAUCACCAGGUUGCAGGAUGAGUUGACGACGACCAAGAGAAGUUAUGAGGAUCAGUUAAGCAUGAUGAGCGACCACCUCUGCAGUAUGAAUGAAACCUUAUCCAAACAACGGGAGGAAAUAGAUACACUAAAGCUGGCUAGUAAGGGAAAUUCCAAGAAGAACAAAAGUCGAUAGUAUUGGUCAUCCAACUGUCGUUUGGAUGUUGCUGAUGCGCAGAAACACAGAUGUCGAAACUGAUGUUCAGCUGGCAAAAUGCCUCUUGGACUGGAAAUGGCUGCAGUGGUGGGAUUACCAGUGUUUGAUUUGGUGUUGCAUUUGGAUUUGAGACAGCACCAGAUUUGGUAGCCAGUGUAAUGCAAACUGGACUUGGCGUGUUCAGUAGAGCAGAUGGGGAAAGUUGGCACUCCAUGGAUAACUUGCAUAGGAAUGAACCAUUAACUUUUUACCAUACCACUUUGUAACUGCUUUUAGUUUCCUUGUACAAACUUCCAAGAUUUUGUAUAUUUGAGUGCAUAUUGAGAUGAACAAAUCUGACACCGGUGUGGUAUUUGUCUCUUUCUGCCUACCCGUCCAUUCCUUUCUGUGAAUUAAAAAAAACAAAAGCCCAGAGCUAUCAGUGUUUUUCAGUGAUGUCCACCUGUGCAGUUAUUGUAAAAAAAAAAAAUACUACUGAUUCCGGUCUUCUCUUCUAGACUAGCUUAGAUUGCCUUAGAGAGGCAGUCUCAGUACAUUUAUAUUGAAGCAUUCAAUGCGGCUGUGACUAUUCAUAUUAACUGUAAUGAACUAUUAAAAGUGUACAGUAGUGGUCUUUUUUUUUUAAAAAAAAAAUCAAGUGCAGAAAGUGGGCCAAAGAAGGUGUUCUUGAAUCGUGCUGAAGGGUGAUAUUUUGUCUGUUUCUGUUUGUUACUUUUCUCAUAAGCCGGUGAUAGAGAAAUGACUGUCCACACCUGGAGGAAGAUGUGAGAAUAACAAACAGUGCUGACAAGUGGCUUCUUGCGAAGACCUUUCAUUUCAAUAGGGGUGGGGCAGUACGCAUGAUGGGCCACCACUAUUUCUCUUUCAAACGCAGCUUGUUGCAUUGAAGCAGGCUAAGAAAUCACUGAAUCAGCGAAGCUGUGCAGAGAGGGGCUGGUUCAAAUACUGAUGUAAACCUUCACAUGGGUCUGUGGUGCUGUUCUUUGGGAGCCUGCCUGCCUUCCCCAUCUGCAACCACAUAGUAACUUGCCGUUUUUAAAACUUAUUUUUUCCUCUUGGGGGAUGGGGUGGAGAUUCUUUCACAUGCUCACCCGAGUUUCACAUUACAACUUCCAUGUGGCAUCGUAGGCUCUUAAUUCCUGAAAUGCAGCAGUGCCUUGCUGCAUGAAGCUUAUCUUGGCACUUUCAAAGUCUGAGCCAGUCCCUUGCUGAAGAUUGUUCUGUGGCAUUUUGGAAUUGCCCAAAUGACAUCUUGGUGUUCUAAAAAUUUAUUCCCGUUCCAAGUUUUCUUCCUUGGGAAGAUUUUUGACACUAACUUGAGGUCUUUUCAACACAGUAUUCCAUGGGAGUUCCUCGCCAUUCACAAGAAACUCCACUACUGAAUAUUUCACAAUGAACUACUUCUGUAGCCCCGUAAGGGAUAGUAGCUGUCCUAUGUUCAAGGGUUACUUCAUUGUAUCAACCAUGUCAAUGUGUGUUACAAGCAUAGAAUAAAUAUACCGCCAAGUUAAAA